AUGAAGAAAUUACUGUGUUCGUGUGUGUGUGUGUGUGUGUCCUCCUGUUCCUCCUCCAUGCUGUGUCCAAAGCGGUGCACCUGCCAGAACCUGCUGCCGUCCUACACCGUGCUGUGUGCCAAGACGGGCCUCCUCUUUGUCCCACCCAACAUCGACCGCCAGACAGCCGAGCUCCGGCUAAUGGACAAUUUCAUCACAACGCUGAGACACCGCGACUUCGCCAACAUGUCCAGCCUGAUCCACCUGACCCUGAGCAGAAACACCAUCAGUCAGAUUCGGCCGUACGCCUUCGCUGACCUCCAGGAUCUCCACGCUCUCCAUCUGGACGCCAACCGCCUCACGAUCCUGGAUGACUCCCACUUCCAGGGCCUGGUGAACCUGAGGCACCUCAUCCUGGCCAACAACCAGCUGCACAGCAUAUCAGAGGGAGCAUUUCAGGACUUCCUGGAGACCCUGGAGGACUUGGAUCUGAGCUACAACAACCUGGUGGACAUCCCCUGGGAGACCAUUGCCCUGUUGAUCAGCGUCAACACCCUGAGCCUGGACCACAAUCUGAUAGAGAGCGUCCCUGAGGGAAUCUUCUCCAACCUGCACAAACUGGCCAGACUGGACAUGACAUCCAACAAACUGAAGAAGAUUCCUCCGGACCCGUUGUUCCUGCGGAUCCCGGUGUAUGCCAAGUCGAAGGGCUCUCCUCUCACAGCACUGGUGCUGAGUUUUGGCGGGAACCCUCUGCACUGCAACUGUGAGCUGGUCUGGCUUCGCAGACUGACCAGGGAGGAUGACCUGGAGACCUGCGCUUCACCUAAAGACCUGGCUGGCAAAUACUUCUGGACCAUCAGAGAGGAGGAGUUUGUUUGCGAGCCACCGAUGAUAACUCGUCACACCUCCAAGAUGUUUGUGAUGGAGGGUCAGGAGGUGAGCCUGCGCUGUAAGUCAGUGGGAGAUCCCGAGCCUUCGACGCACUGGGUCAGCCCGGACGGGAAGCUGAUCGGAAACACGUCCCGAACCAUCUGCUAUGAGAACGGUUCUCUGGACAUCCUCAAGGCCUCCGUCAAGGAUUCGGGGAAGUUCACCUGCAUAGCAUCUAAUGCAGCCGGAGAGGCAACAGCUCCCGUUGAGUUAGUCGUCAACCCUUCUCCACACUUUGACCCCAAACUGGACCCUGACCCGGGGCCUUCAGACAUCCCCACCUCCAUCAAAUCCAACGUCAGCGGAGGCCAGGCCCGGUCCGAUCAGCAGAGGGUCAGCGUGUCAGAUCUAACAUCCAGCUCCGCCACCAUCAGAUGGCCCCCGCAGAACCACAUACCGGGCGUCCGCAUGUACCAGAUCCAGUACAACAGCUCCACAGACGAUAUACUCAUAUACAGGAUGAUCCCAGCCAACCACAAAUACUUCCUGCUGAGCGACCUGGCGUCAUCGCGGGACUACGAGCUGUGUGUCUUGGCCGUGUACGAUGAUGGCAUCACUGCCCUGACAGGCACCAAGCUGGUGGGCUGCGUGUCCUUCACUACAGAGACGGAGUACGGACGCUGUCACUCUAUACGAGACCAGUUCCUGGGUGGUACUAUGAUCAUCAUCAUCGGGGGGAUCAUCGUGGCCUCUGUCCUCGUCUUCAUCUUUAUCCUCCUGAUGAAGUACAAGCUGCACAGUAACCACUACAAACAGAAAGCCGCCGCACGCCAAGCCAACGUCUGCUCCCAGACCAACGGAGGAGGCGGAGGCGGAGCCAACGUCCUCGCUCUGCCUCCAUCCUCCUCCUCCGCAGGUGCAAAUAAAAGCUCCCAACCGUCAUCAUCAUCAGAGGGGAUGGGAGGGGCUUCUCUUCGAGGGACAACUGUAGUGGACUUAAAUCCCACCCAGGAAGAUGACGCCAUCUCCCAAUAA